AUGCAAACCAAUUCCGACGACUCGAUCUCAAGUGAUGGUUCGGACGACGACAUGCUGAGCGUCUUUUCUGGCGACAGCCCGGAGGACUUUGCGCUCUCGCCGCCGCGUCGCCUUCCCGCCGCGUCACCCAUCCUCUGUCCCACUACACGCGACAACAUUGCUGGAACCUUGGAGACAGUCCUCUCCAUGGACUGUGAGCCUCGUGAACUGGCCUACACCAGUGUCUCGACGCGUCCGCGUUCCUAUGCGUUCUCCCACGUUUCCAUUCCCUUGCGUACUUCCACUGGCCCCGACACGCCCACGCCAACAGCCUGUACCACGUCCCACCACCCACGCUCUCCAUCUCCCCGUGGUCCUAGGGCUUAUCUGAAUGCCUGGGACCGCGACAUGCCACCGCACAUGGACAACGACUCGGACAGUGACAGCUCGGAUGAGGACGACGACGUCGAAGACUCGCAAUCGCUCGACUCUCAAGCCCGAGCCAAGGCACCCUCUCCUCCCCCCUAUCCCUCGUUUAUCUGGCCAAAGAUCCAAACGCCCCAAUAUUGGACCACUGGGUCGUCCUCGAGUGUGGCAGAGCGAAAGCUUUGGUCGCCAUCCCUCCCGUCUGCGCAGCCACAGCAGCCUGCCACGCCGGUGGUGCUGAGUGUCGAUACUUUGCCCAACAUCGGCAUGAACUUUGCGGUCCCCGCUGCUGAUUUGGCAAGGCGUUUGGCUAUUACCAAGGCGUAUCGCCGCCAGAGGGGCCAGCAAGUUUUGCGUCUGGUGGCCACCCGUCUCGUCCAGACCGGCCAAUUCGCCACACUUGCGGGCCUUUUGAGCUUGUCCAGCUCGACCUAUUCCGUCGUCUCGAUGUUCCUGUACGGCGUAGUCCAUAUCACCAAGGAGAACGCUGGAUCAUUCUUCAACGCCCUUGUUGAACCCCGGACUGGCAACACGCGCGAUCCACUGUCAGCCCCAAACCGUCGAGACCGUAUGCGCCGCCACAAUAACACGAUAAUUGUUUCGUCGCUUCCGUAUUUCGCGCCGUCCAUGGCCGCGUUUGUGGGCACCAAGGCAGCUCCACCGCCUCCUCUGCUGUCCGCAAACAGUCUUGCAAUUAAAUCGGGUGCUUGGACCGCGCUCGGGAACAGCACCUUGCUGUCGCAGGCAGUUGCGGGACUUGCGUCCCCGAAAAAAGUCUGCUUCGAUAUCGGUGCCAAGCGGGCCAAAAAGGACGACGGUAAACGCAAGGCACUUCGUCCUACGCAAGACACGACUGCAGCGUCGGUUCGUCUGGCAGCACUCUCAAUUACCACUAUUCUUCUGCCCUCGUGGUCGCAGCUCACCGAGGUCACGAUCCAUCGCGCCCAAGUUCUCCUCCUCAACGCCGGCCAAUACGCCAACGGGCUGUUUGUAAAGGGUGUCCGGUACACAUUGUUCUUUAGCGCAGACGACACCCCGUCGCCGGUCCCUUCCCCGGGCCACGGCCACACAUCGACCCUCACCUCCUCCCUCCCCACCCGUAUCCCCCGGUCGUCAAGCACCGCCGGCUGGCCGCUGUGGCAGGCCAUGGUCGCGGCGCUCAAGCCCCACCUGGCCAAUUUCGCCGGCACCGUCGUCAUCCCCCACGACCAGCACGGCACCCUCUGGCCCCGCGGGCACGAGGACGCCCCGCUCUCGCAUCUCCCCGGAGUGGCACGCACGCUCGUGGCAGGUCGUAACGGCGGCGCCAACAUUCGUUUUAUCGGCAUCGAGCACCUGAGCAAAAAGUGCUGCGAUAUCUGCCAGGUGGCACACCGCAGCCACACUGGCAGUCCUUAG